AUGAAUACCACCACGACGACAGCCUCAAGAACUACCUCUCCAACGACUGCUCAAGCACAUUCCAUGCCACAACCUCAUCAUCAAAAGCCUCCUCAACAACAACAACAACACAAAUUACUUCCUCGGGUAUCAUCCUCUUCGUCCUUUGGAACGCUGCUGCACCCAAUUCCUUCCAAUGUAUCCUCUAUUUCUUCAUCAUCGACCACCUCCUCUCAUUCCCCAAUUAAUUAUUUGAACAACAAUGCAUCAGUAACAGCAGCAUCGAGCUAUGCUUCUCAACAGCCAUAUUCCAGCAAUGCUCUGACUCAACUUCAAUUUCCAACUCUUCCUUCAGCAAGUUAUGAACAAACAGGAUUCAUCAUGACUGGACCGAAUUUCCCCAAUAUUAGGUGUGUGAGCGAAGGCUUAUUGAGUCGAUUGGGCUAUCAAACGAGUUCUCAACUGACAUCUCUCACUCAAAUUUUCAGUUUGGAUUUUGUCAAUUCCGAACUCAUUCAACUCCAUCAAGAUAUUAAGGCUAGAGCCACAAUUCUUCAACAAGUGCAAGGAGGUGCUGAUUUACUCCGGCAAGGUCAUUUGAGAAUUCAAAAAGAAGGCAUAACCAAUGUGAGAACGAUUAUGGGAAUGGAGCAAUUGAAAUUUAAAAUGUUCCACUCGUUCCGAGAGGAUCAACCAGCCUCGUUGGAAGCAGUCUAUGUAUUUUUGUUUUGGCAUUAA